AGACAUCAAUCUGGUUUUGUUUCGUCGAGAGCGCGGUCUGGCUGAAUGGUUAGCGCUUAUGCUCACAAGAAGAACACAGUUUGGCCAUUCGCAUUUAAACAACAAAAAUCGGUUUUCGCGCACGAGAGAGAGAGACUCUGGGUAAAGCGCGCGUAUGGUAUUCGUGUCAGUUGAGAAAUGGCCAGUCAGCAAACGCGGUCAGCUUUUAAGCUGACAUCGAUUGCAACGAACAGUGUACUGAAUUCAAUAACGCGUUUAAUCAUUCGAUUACAAAUGCAUUCGGGAACAUUGUUUUGGGUAUGCGUUUUGUUCGGGAUACGCAGCACAAUAUCAUAUUCAUCGGAUGCAGAGGAAUCGAUUGUGUUGCCGAAAUUCGGUGAUCGCAUAUCACCGCGAACUCGUACAUUUAUCGAAGUUGAAAAAUUAAGAACAACAACGACGAACAAUAAUAAUAACAGUAAUAAUAACAACAAAUUUUCCACCGACAUAAAUGCAAUGUCGAACCCUAACUUUAGCGCCGAUAUUCAUAGUUAUAAUAGCGUAAAUAGCAAUAAUAGUAAUAAGACUGAACACGGUUUUUAUAUAAAUGAAGCAAGUUCAAGUGCUAGUGCAAUUGAUUCACAUAGUGGAAGUAAUAGUGUCUCAGUAAGUUACAACGAACACAGUACAAAUGGACCGAGCCGACAGAGUAAGCAUCCGCAUCAUCAGCAGUCACCACCGCCGUCGCCGCCACCACCAUUGACGACGACGACAAAUCAUCAUAAAAGAUUGGCCGCCCCAUUGCAAUACAAUAAUAAUGUCUAUAAUAGCGAUGAUAAUGUGGAUAGUGUUGAAUUUGAUGUGAUUGAUAACGAAAAUGAUAUCUACAAUGCGUUGCUUCGUCAGCACAAAAGUUUAAAUAUCGGUGCAAAUGCAGAUGCGUACAGUGAUCCAAGUGUUGAGAAUAAUUUGUGCAAUAAUAAAAGUGAACCGUGUUCAAAUGGUGGCGGUAGUGGUGGCGGUGGCGGUGGCGAUGGCAGUAGUUCGGAUAUUGAGUUAAGCAACGAAAUCGAUUUACGGAAUGGCAAUUCCACUUCGGCACAAGCCCACCGUCUCGAAAUGUCAACAGAGUUUUUUGUAGUGCCAUCCACAUCGUCGUCUACCAUUCCAUCAUCGCAUCACUUGCCUGGUGGUAUUAUUCUACCGAGUCGUCCAAAGAGCCAAGCAUCAAUAGUGCCGCCAUUAAGCCAUAGUCGCUUGCUUAAGAAUUCGUCACAGCCGACGAUAGUCAGUACACAUCAUUCGCUUGGGCUGCGAAAAGAGCCUUGGGUUGUGCCAGUACUGGUGCUCACCUCGCUCGUCAUGCUAAUGAUGGCCGCUUUUGAGAUUUUUGUUCUGUGCAAAGCAUGGCAAACUUCGCCUAGUCGACGACAUCUAUUCUUGGGUCAAAUGCUGUUGUUGGGCUUAUUUUUGUGCGCCUGUCUCGCAGCCGUACUAACGCUAAAUCCAACCGUUGGCAGCUGUGGACUGAUACGUUUUGGUUCUGGUGUCGCAUUCGCUUUGGUAUUCGCAUCAUUGCUGGUGAAAUGCGUUUUCUUAAUUAGCUUAAAUAGUGGUGUUUAUUUGCCGGCACCAUACCAAGGCCUAUUACUGUUAUUCGCUGUAUUAAUACAAGUGGCAAUCGGUGGACAAUGGUUGCUUACGACACCAGCCGAUGUGGAAUCCGUUUCGGUACCGUUGAGUCGAAAUGGCCCAUUGAGUCUAACACACCAUUCACUGCUACUUACCGCACAAGAUAUAUCCAUGACCACGACAAUACCCUUGUGCAAGACCCAUUUCACCGAUCUACUCUAUUCAUUGGUUUAUGUCAUAUUUUUGAUAUUAUUCGUUGCGGUGCUUGCUAUCAAAUCGCGACGGAUUCGAGAAAAUUACCGAGAAGCGACUUACAUUGGCUUGGCAAUAUGCGGUUCAAUACCCAUUUGGCUGGGCUGGACGCUUUGCGGGCUCGCAGUUGCCGAUCGACACAAAGACGCUUGUCUAGCAUUUGGCUUGAUCGCGACAUCAGCUACAGUAUUUCUUGUAAUGUUCAUGCCGAAAGGUCGACAAUUAGCAGCGAUGGGAAAAGAAGGUCUAUUUACCGCAGAUCGUGACGAGCAAUUGAGUUCUCUUAGUCGCACCGGAUCUGGUUAUUCACCAUCAUUUUUCCACUUUAAACCGAUAAAAUACGGUGUUAUGGGAAAUACGCUUGCAUCAAACACCAACACAGUAAACAAUACAACGAUAAAGCAUCAAGCCGUCGCUUCAUUGGGAAACGAAUGUGCACUGCAUGCAUACUAUUUCAUAUUGCCUCAGACCCAGAACGUGCACUAUAUACCAUCACCACAGUACCCAUUGCAAUACUAUUACCAAUGUCAACGCACGAAAUCACAUCAAAAGCAGCACAAAGAUUAUUGUCAUCACUAUCAACCACAAUACCAACCAUAUGCAUACCAUCAUCUUGCACAAUAUCACCCAGGCCUUUUCAUACGUCCAACGGAUGAGAAUAAUUUGUAUACAACGCUUGAGCCAACGAUGAGCAGCAAUCCGAAUGUGUAUUUCCAGCGCGGAAAUGUUCAUCCUGGCAUGAUAUAUUAGAUCGUUUGGUGGUAAUGACAGAGUUUGUGACAGCGUGUCGAGAUUCAUCUCAUCACACAAAAAUAAGUGAAGAAGCAACGCAAUAAUUAAAUUAAAUUUCGAAGAAGAAGAAAAGAAAAACGCAACGCAGAACAACAGUCAAUGGUUUGAAGAACGGCUGCUCCGAUUUAACAAAAAAAAAAACAAGAAGAAAGAAACUAAACGAAAAAAAAACGUAAUAUACAAGAAGAAGAAGAAGAAGAAGCAACAAAACAAAAAUACGGCAAAUAAAAGAAUGAAAGGUACCAUGAAAAUCGAUUGAAACCAAGGAGAGCACAAAAUUACAAAGUUUCAAAAGCUGAAAACAGUCGAGUUUUGUAUAUGUUCGAGCAAACUCUUGUCUACUAGCGUUAACAUUCUUUUGUUACCUCAAUCAAAACGUGUUACCGUUCAGAGCAGAUGAUGACCACAACUGCGAGCAGAAAAUAAGGCGUUUGAGAUGAAGAAGAAAACAAAGGGAGAGAGGGAGAGAGAGAGAGAGAGAGAGUGAAAAGGUGCAAUAAUCAUAUGAAAAUAAAAUUAAGACCAACAGAAGAGAAAAAAAAACACGCAUACACAUAAAGCUCGUUCUAUGAUAUAACGUAAUUUUUUUGGUUUGAUUUGCCGCGCAUAAAUAGGAGAUUAUAUUUGGAUUUGGUUCGUUUUAUUUUUUUUUUUUCGCUGAUCGGUGAUCGGGAGGCUAAUUAUUUUAUGAGACAAUCAUUAGGUAAAAGAUGCGUGGAAAAUUGCUUAAACACACUUCCCGCACGGACCAAUUUCGAUCAGUUGAAACAUUUUUUUUUAAUAUCACAAACAGUUUUCAUUCUUGGAAUCAAUAACAAAAAAAGCACAGAUUAAAAUUUCAAAGAGUGAAAAAGAUGAAAAGUUUGAUAUUGCGCUUAUAUAACUAGAGAGUUUUUUUUCUGUUGCGGUUAGGGAAAUUUCGUUUCCGAUUGCUCUGAAUGAAUCGAAUGAAGAGAAGAAAAAAACGACUUUUACUUAAUUUUUAGUUAAAUGUAUAGAGACUAGAGAUCGCAUAAUUUCGUAAGCUAAUAGAACAUAGAACUACCGAUAAACGCAAUAGUUUGUCGAGAGAGAGAGAGAGAGAGAGAGAGAGAGAGAAAAAACAAAUCAAACGAAAGAAAUACAAGAAUACUAAAAUGUUGUAAUGUUACGGUGUGAAAACUCCCAAUUUUAUUGUCUUAUCACACACGAACCGCUAGUUCUGCGAACACAUUUUCUUUUCUUUAAUUACAUUAUGUUUAUAUGUUGAGUGUGUGUAGCGCUCACGAUUGAGGUUGGCUCGUGUUCAGAGCACACAUCGAGAGAGAACAAAUGAGUGCGCGAAUAAUGCAAACGCAGAAAAAGUUGUUUGUUUUCACUUUUUUCUGUGUGCAAUCUUCAUCAUAAACUGCCGACUUUUAUUUAAUUUUUUUUCUUUUGUGUGCAUUUAUUAGCAAAUUGCCGAUCGACCGAAAUUAUGGCCAUGAACAAAAUACCUUACUCUGUUUUUUUUCUCUCUUGUUGUUCGGCUUAUCUUUCCUCGUUUGAUAAACUCUUUCGAUUCACCUACUCCCAGUGAUGCUAUGCUGUGGAUGAUGAAAGUCAAUAGCGUUACAACAAUUUUCGAUAUCAAUUUCACGAAACACCGGCCAUUAAAAAUUUCAUGAAAAUAAAUUCCAGUGAACAGUUUUUUAAAAACGCUCAUUAAACAAACGUUUCUUCGUUAAUUGAAAUGGUGUGCCGUUGCGUUUUUUUUGGUCGGUAUUUUCAUUUUCAUUUCUACAAAUUGGUUUCACAUUGUUGUAUUCAAUCGAAUUGAAUCGCAUUGAAAAAGAAAACGUCGGCUGCUUUCGCUAUCUCUCAAGAUGCAACACUCGCUCAAGAAUGUAAUGCAAAACCUAAUACGAAAAAGAAGAAAAAUCAAAUGGUGUUACUCCUUCUUAAUAAGCAUUGGAGGGAAAAAUAAGAAAACAUACAUCAUGUCCUUCUAUUUUCAUAACAAAAAACACAUAUGCUUUCUAGUCUUUCUAAUGCACGAAAAAAAUGCUAUAAUCGAAAUUGAUAACAAUAUACGCCAGGGAUAAAUCUAGCAACAAUUUACGAACUAAAAAGAAAUCACUUUCGAUGUACUCAUUUCGUCAGCACUAUUUCGAGAAUAAAGAAAAAAAAUUGGAGAACCACUCCUCGAAGUUGACGGA